AUGGUUGUCCAGACGGAGCCUCGUCACGACGAUGCCAAUGCGGCUAUCCAUCCGGCCAGCGGAGUCUUUAUGGCCGUGCGCGCGGAUGCACACGCGGAUGGCCUCACCUGGCUUAGCCCGCCAGUCGAGGCGGUUAUCGGGACGUUGCCGCCAGGCAGAACCCAGCUUCUGUGAGCCACAUGUGAGAGUUGGGUGCCAGCAGAUGGACGCUAAGCGUAGUCUGCGCCUGCAAGCGUGCGAACGACCUACUACUACCCACCGCUGGACACCCCGGUGCUCCGCACACACACACAUGCGUAUGCACGGCAACCAUUAUGGACUCGCGCAGACUCAGUGCAACCCGAUAGAUGCGCGCCGUGAGCCAUUCCGACGCCGUUCUGGUUUGGCGCAUCUUACGAUGCGGCCUUUUGCUGAAAUCGAUGCUGCUGUGAGGGCAUAAACACCCCGAUUAAUCUCUCUGAAGCUGUUUUCUGUCCACUGCAGAAUGAUUCAUUUAUGCGUGUUCGUCUCCUAACCCUACUCAACCUGCUCUUCGCAAACCCCUUCGGAAGCGAGGUAUGCGUGGGGUAUUUUCGUAUAUUCGAUUUGGCUUAUUCGCCAAUCGAACCGUGACCUCCGUUUGCGCGGCAAGUUUAGCUAGCCACUUCGCAUGGCUGUCGUUUUAAAUCACUAAAGAUGGCGCAACCAAGUGUGGAUACUUGGAUGAACCAACUUUUUGACUGUCCCACCCCGGUGACUUGCACAACCCACAUGCUGACUCUGGUAUCGUAAUCAGCCUGCUCGUAUCCUGAUCGGGAGUGCAAAAAUUGGCGUAUUUUCCUAGCCUUUCCGUGCGGGUGCGAAAUUAUAUAUCGAAGCCCCUCCUCGUCAAAAACAACGGUAUGUAUCAGCAACCGAAUGGGACAUUUGCGCUAAGUAGGAGAAACUAUCCCUCCCUCUUUCCUUGCUGCUUCAUUGAACUCGCAUUGUUAUCGCCUGAGCACACAAUAGCUUGUCAAUCAACGCAUGCUGUUGGUAGGCCUCCUGCCGCAUUAACCAAAUUUCCUUAUUCUGCCUCUGCGAAUAAUGCUCAUCUGUCUUGGAUUCCUGUCGUUCCUCACAGCCAAGAGUCUCUUUGGUCUGACUGUCCCCGAGGAUUCGGAGGUUUGCACUUGCUCUCAAAGGGCAGAUUUCAAACCUCUCUCACUAACUAAAGGCCCCCUUGUUCGGCAGUGGGACCGUGGUCAGAAAGUGUCCAAACAAAUCCUAGUAAAAAGCCGUCACUUUUUUAAAAGUCAAAACAAACCAACAGGUCUCAUGUAUCUUCCUCAAACUUAGAAAAAUGAGUAAUCGAAAAGCGGAAACCGUGAAACAAUACUGCCUCUGAUGUGCGCAAGAAAGAUGUCCAAGGCGUGAUGCUCAAAAACUACAGGAGGUUUUCAGGGCGAUUGUCUUCGGAUCUCUUGAAAGUUGUAAUUCAAAGAACAGAGGAUGCAGGAACGCCAUCUUCAUAGUUAUUUCUGGUCUAUGCUUUUAGAUAAAGAAGAAGGGAGAACCAACAGGAUCGCAUGCUUGAGUUCAUAAAGUCUUUUUCUACUGUAAGUAUUAGACUUAAAUCCUCCGAUCCCUGAAUUGUUGGGGAUUCUAGCCUCUGUUUAUAAUUUGAGGGCCGAAGAACCUUUCACAAAGACCAGGGGGAGGGUUUAGGAAACCAGACCUUUAUGCCAGAAUGAAAUUCCAACGGAUUUUUCGUGAACUAGCCAAAGCGGCUGGCACAGUCUGUUCAUCAUAGUAAUAAGUAAAUUGAAUCGCAGUUAAUUACACAGAGAGAAGUGUUUGCGAAUAUCUUGAGACUGCUAAGCUUGAGAUGCACCGGUAAACAAAUAAUGGAGGAAACGGUGAUUCACUGUCAGUAGUGGAGACUCAGUAAACAUCCCGUUAAGUACACAACUCGAGCCACAUUCAUAAGUGCGUACUCAUGUCAGUAUCAUCUCAGUCGUUGCACUUAAAGCACAAGUGUCUGGUAAAGACGUGAGAAGAGCAUUAAGGAGUGUCAACAGUUGGAGGUGACUUACAGCUUUCGGAAACCGAAUCUUUCCAGUUUAUGAGCCAUUGCACGUCAAUACAUUGGCUUUGAGAGUGCGGUUAGGGAGGGUGUCAGGGUUAAUUAAGAUGGUAUUUACGAAACCACCACUGUUCCUGAGAGAACCAUACACUUAUAAUUCCAAACGGGUGCUUUCCUCUCCUUUUUAUUUGAGGGAUCAGACAUGCGAUUGAAGAUACCUUUGUUGAAGGAAGUAGACAGAACUUCCUUCCCGCCUAUUUAUCGGGAAGUUUAUGUAAAGAGCAUGCGAUUUGGAUAUUUCUGGAAAGUCUUUCAAAGCAUCCUAGAGAUGAUUCGGGAGAUUCAAGCUUAGAAGGCGUCCGGAAAGCAGAAAUUCAUUUUGAGAAAUGGGACUGACUAAAACGACAAUGAAUUACAUGUGAUAUUCGAACGUUGUUUGAAAUCAUUUCCGAAAUUCAAUAGGAAAAAGCCUACAAUAAGCACGAUACUGAUUUUGACCCCACAUCGCUUUAACCUAACCCUGCCGGAUGAAGCGCUGUAGAUGAUGAGGAUAGGAAUAAGUCGGAGAUUCGAGUGUCAUUCCAUACCUGUCUCAGUGCUAAAUAGUCCUGUCAAAUUCCAUGCACAAUGUUUGAGAGUCAACCCUGUUUCUACUAGGGAAAGAGAUAGUCGAAUGCCCUGUAUUCGGCAGGGAAACUGAUGGAGGGAUAUGUAAGCAAGUUAUAAAUUAAUUGAGUACAUAGCUUUUCCGACGCACGUGAAAGAACUCGAAAACAUCCUCUGUUGCCUCCAGGCAACGCUACUGAAUGUUUUUAGAGGGAAUUCGGAAGUAAUAGGGUUCAUGCUGAACGCUCUCAUCUCGUCUGUGCUUUUUGGAGAUGACCUACUGGCCGGGGCGUUGUCGCCGACGUAAACGAGCACUACAAUUUUCAGCAUUUGGACGACGUGCUUUCGGUUUUCAUCAGUCAAACGAAUGAAAAAAAAACAGUAAAAUUCUUACCAGGGCUCGCUCAUAAGGAGAUCCUGGAACGUAGCUUUGCUUCUUGUUAAAGAUGGAGCCGCAGAAGUGAACGAGAUAAUGUAAUGUCUUUUGUACUUUCAAAAUGUUUUACAAAGAUGAAGAAAGUUGCAUUAUUGAUACAGUCUUUUCAAGAAAGAUCUAUUGAGGAUGGUGCUAAGUCGCUUCUGAUUAAUGAUGAAAAUUUGACGAGAAAGAACUAAGCCAUUGUAGAAGGUAGUAACUGUCCCUCGAGAAUGCGCUGUAGCUUCUGAUGAGGUUGACAACAAUGGUGAUUUCGAAGGAGGUGUAGCUCCUCCACUUCAUCCUUUCGCAAAAUGGGGCGAUUUUCGUAAGCGAAUUGUCGUUCUAAACAGCGCUCUGUGUCGAUCAAUUUUGAGAUCUUCUUGACACAUGGAAAGGAAACAUUGAUUUCUUCAUGGGAGUGUCAGUAGCGGACAUUUGCUUUCGGUUAGGUCCACAGGCAAAAACAAGCAACACAUGCACGCUAAUGCACAGGGCGGGAAUUCAUCCCCCCGACUUGCUCCUUUCUUUUAUGUGCACUUACCCAAGUGGUGACCACAGAUGACUACAUACUUGAUUAAUUGUUUACUAUGCUUGUUAACUUUUUAAUCACAUAAAUCAGUGAGGAGCUUUAGACAGGCUUAAUUCUUCCCCCAUGACUGUAACAUGAUCACGCAAGCGUGUGAAUUUCUACUAUGCCUGACUUAUCUGUGACCUCAGUAACUAAUAAUUAAAACCAUGACACGCAAACCCCCAGUCGAUGCUUUGUUCUAAGCAUGGUCUUUCUGUCCUUAUAUGGUCAUGUGGAUUGGCAAGACGACCGAUCGUUGGGCAAAGAAUGCGACGCCUGGUCGAACCCAGAACGUAAAUGCCCGUUCGUGAACGAACAGAGGAAAUGAAUUUUGCCCGAUAUGAGGGCUAUUUAUGGGUAGUUUCGCGAUGAACUGAGCUUCAUCAGGAGGGUUAAACACCUUUGUCAGUUUCACUGGAGCAAAAAAUAGCUGGUCAGAUCGCUUUAGUCUUCUGUUUGCUCACAUCUGUGUUGCAUAAAAAGGAUGCGAUUCCAUAUGGCACAGUGAAGUAAGGUUCCUCCGGAACGUCGGUAUUCAUGGACCCGAGGUGCAAAAAUGCGCCUUAAAUUUCAUAAAGCUCAGCCACGCAAAAAUAACCCCUUAAUUUGACUCGUACUAAACAAACAAAAAAUGUUCAACUAACUUGCCAAAAACUGACUAGUGGAGGAAUCAGAUGUACCCUAAGUUUUGCCGACUGCAGGUUAGCUGUGUCACCUAUGUCGAUCAUAGGUGUUCAUUAGAAAUAUGUAUGACUGAAAGUACACAAGUUAGACCGAGACGCUUACUGUUCCGAUCUCCCUGGCCAUUCUUGAAGAUGCCAACCUCUUUGCGCACUUUAAGUAAAGUUGCGAAUUUGAACAUGAUGGCGUUGUAAAUACUGCUGUGGAAGGGUCAAGUGACUGAAGGUAGAAUUCUGAAAUGUUUUUGCUUCGAAAAGAUUAUUUGGACAGGGCUGUAAUAUUGAUUAUCAUGCGGCAUAGUUCGAAUGGUAUUUCAAGCUCGCUGGCACGCUGGUUUUAAUGCGAGCUUCUUUCCGGUUGUCUCCGGCAAAUGGCCAGAUAAGUAGUAUGAAUUUUUCCCAUUAGUUGUCUGCGUUUUUAUUAGAUCAAAUAUGUUUUGUAGAAAACAUGCGUAUAAAUUUUCUCCUCUGCUUGUUUCGUAGCGAAUUUUCGUCCUCAAAGUUCAUGCUUGAUGGAAAAGUAUUUUUGGAUUUUAAAAGUUGUCAAAUCCCGAAUCAUUUUAAUCCGUCCUGACGUUCUACUUGUAAUCAGAAUUCCAAUCUGCAAGCCGUAUAUAUUCCCUGUAACGAAAACAAUGCCUCUAUUCAUACUAUUCGGAAGAUAUCAAGCAUAGCUCAUAAAAGUAUGCAGUGGACGUGGACCAUGUUGUAUAUUUCGUAAGCGGCACCCAUAAGUGAGGAGACGAGAUGAUUUAUGAACAGCAAUUUUACGGUAUGAAAAAGUCACAAUUAAAAACCUUUUCAAACCCGAAAAAUACCCUUUCCUCAAACAUGAAAUUUAAAGGGGACGUUGAUUAUUACCGAAUACGAUAGGAUAUUUUGCGUGUGUUUCCUAAAAAGUGUCAAAAUUUAUGAUGGCAUCGAAAAUCAGCAACAAAUGUAUGCAUCAUAUGUGGCCAGUCCUUGACUAGCACAGUUUUUCAGGCAGCUGAUAAGAUGGGCAUUCAAAAGCUUUAAUCCUGGCUAACUUGAGAAUCAUGGCUUUAUGUCGCAUGAUAAUUAAUGUUACGACUCCACCUGACUAACCUUUUAAUUCGAAAACGCAUUUCAGAAUUUUCAUUAACAUUUCAUGAAAUAUGGCAUCUAACGAACUACCAAGUGGCUAGAAGUUCUUUGUGCAAAACAAGAAAGUAAGUCAUCUAGCAAGCUAAAUCACUGACAGCGCUCAGUUAGAUUUUUCAAUUAGACAAAGCAUACAGUUAUGGUGAAAAUGCCCGAUUUAACAAUAACUAGCUCCGACAACUAAAAAUAUUCGGAAUUUGUUUUGGAAUUUGGACACUUCGCUCUUGUACUAUUAUUUGGACCGAGUUUGGCAAGGUUCUUGAAGGGUUAAAGCAAGGUCAACGUGAAAACGGCUCUCUCCGUUCAAAUUGGGAAGAAAACAUUCGCAGGCUUCAAAAGUUGCCCAGUUUUUUCAUAAAGUUUCUAAAAAAAUGACAAUUUUGAGCUGAAAGUCGAGAUCUCUCUUUGGCUUAAAGGUGUCUUGUUUGUUGCUUAUUUAGGUGUAAAACUGUAGGCUGAUGUUGUUGCUGUUGCUGUUGUAGAAGUCAAGCAAUAAAGGAUACUUUUAACCUUCAUAAAUGCCGUAAACGUUCCCUCUAGCGCCUAUCAUGAUAGUCAGUUGACAGAAUUGAUCAGUUGGGUAUCACAGGAGUUAACGGACUACUAGGAAUUAUGGGACAUAUGAGAGUGUUCGUUACUGACUUUCAGAAAUAGAAAGGAGCGGUUUCAACAGUAACUCACAACCCACAACGAAAAAUGGAUCUUAUUUCAUAAUUAAAAACGACCUCAACUAAGAAUGAAUGGUGGGCAGCACUAACGCAUGAGCAGAGGCAAUCCCGAAUCCGCUGGCGUCUGUAAUGACCAGGAUAAUGUCAAAAGCGAAUUUUUGUUAUUCCCUCCCUGAAGCAGGGAAAACCAAUUCCAAAUACCAAAACUGAAAGUCGAAUGUAUGCACUAAAAACUGUGCCUAGACAGUUACGUUUGUCAUACAGAUACGGACCAAUCUUUCGCACAGGAACAUUCGAACUCCCGCCCUACAAAUUAUCAUAGAAAAUGGGAGAAAUGGACAAGGCGGGGUUACAGCUUCUACCGGAUACGUCUGAUGUCUCGCCAACGAAGUAAAAUUUGUCCUAUCAUUUUACGUCAUUUCGUUAAAUAGAACACUCUGAGAACGGGCGACCUUGGCGGUGGCAUUCAUCUCCGAAACUGUAGCAUGCUGAAAAAUGCAACAUUUGUUUUUGCUAUCAUUUAGAUAAGAUUUUUAAGGAGAAUAAAAUAUGUUUUGAUCUGGUAAAGUAUUCCCAGUUAAAGAUAUAGCACAUUAUCUAUUUAUUUUUAAAUCUGCAAUUUAUUUUGAGUCAGCCAAGACAUUGAUCACACAAAUUUACUUCAAAUGACUGUAUCAAACAGCAAAUUAUCAAAUACGCCGCAUAUUUAGUCAGGCUUAAUUAAAUGUGUACAAUUUCAUUGCAGCAGGGUGAUAAAAUUGUAGAUUAAAUACCCACGGGUACUCAAGUGCUGGUGACUUUCCAUUUUCAGAUGGCUUCGUAAAUCAAUCUAAGAUGAAUUUUCGCAAAUUCGGGGCAAUUUAAAUGGGACGAAGUAGAGAAUCUAGACGAGUUAAUAGUUAAUGCUGGUUCAUGCUUUGCAGUUAAGAAAACAUAUAUUCUAGGUUUGGCAUUUUUUAUUAAUAUCAAUAUACAGUUAACAAAAACCAGGGUUUUGAAUGUGUACGUGAACUUCCUUCUGUUUAAGCCCUCUGAGGGAAAUUCAUCUAUCAGUUUUCACCUACAACAUACGAACAACUAUGUUCGACUUUAGAAUUCAAUGCGUACAGCCGGUGACCAGUCUCAAUAAGUUUUUAACCAAAAUUCUGAGGUGCCUGUUAGACUAGAAAGGAUUACUAAACGAAUGUAUAAUAUUAGUCAUCUUACAGCAUAAUCCCGUGAUACUUCAGACAUGUCAGGAUGUUGGCUUUCAAAUGAAGUUUUCCGGUCAUCGGCAAAGCAGUACUUGGUAAAAACAUAAUUACUUAAUCAGCAUGCAUUCUUUCUGUUGAUCUUCGCUGCCGUAUAUUUUUAAAAAAUGUUUACAGAACACAUGCACAAAAACAUUCUUCCUCGUACGCACCUGGUAGUCAAUCACGUCUUCAUUAAAUCUUGCACUAAAGGAAAAGAUAUCUUUCGACUUUAAAAAGAUUUUUGGUCCUUGAAUAAUUACGAUCCCGAUGUGCCGUUGCAUUGGCAGUUAGGGUUUCCAGUCUACAGAGUGUAUACUUCUCAUGUGAGGAAAAACACAUACUCCUCUUUGUUUUCAAGAAAAUAAAACAUGGAGAACAUAAAAAUUUUUAACUGAUGUUGAAUAUGUUGCAUAUUUAUUGAGAAGCACUACUAAACAGAUUUUUUUUGAAUGGACGCCAUACAGUCUUGAAAAUCUCAUAAUUAGAAUAUUUUAGGACCGAAAGUACACUUUUCUCGAGUGUCAGAUUUAACGAAGAUGUGAUUGACUGCCAAAUGUGCACAAGAAAGAAUGCUUUUGUGCAUGUAUUCCAUAAAAAUUUUUAAGCAUGGGAACACCGAAGAUCAACAGAAAGAAUGCAUGCCGAUUAAGUAGUUAUUUUUUUACCAAGUAUGGCUUUGCCGGUGAUCGAAAAAAAAAUGCAUUUGAAAGCCAACAUCCCGGCGUGGGAUUAUGCUGUAAGAUGACUAAUAUUACUCGGUCGCUUAGUAAUUAUUCCUAAUCAAAAACGCAUUUCAUAAUUUCGGUACACGUGUCAGGGGAUCUAUCACUCACAGUAUUACGGAGGGAACAGUUACAGUUAUAGUAGACGGGACACGAGAAGAGGUGCCCCCAUAGGAUAGGUGACCUUGUGCUGAAUUUUUGAAUGCUAUUUUGUUCAAACCUUCACAGGAACCCUAGCUCAAACCUUAACCAUUAUCCGAACUCCAACCAUAACCUAAACCUCCCUUGGAAUUUAGAGCUUGGACACGUGUAAUACGGGAGGGAGUAAGUACUCCGAUGUCAUACCAUGUUUCUGGCCCCAGCUGCAGGUUAGGAUUAUGUUUGGCUGAAUGGAGGCAGGAUAAGCCCGAAACAGUACUGUAUCAUUCUGCCCGCACUUUCUGUCUGUCAUCCUCUUUGCAAAUCCCUGUAGCUUACAUCCGCAUACGGCCUUGCAUCGGUUAUCCUGUUUCCGAACUGCAGUCCACUUUGGAAGCCUCAGUCUUGGGAAACAAGCAAGCUUACCUUUAUGAUGACGUUUUAAAAUAUAAAGCUAAAGGAACCUUCCCUCCUCGUUUUGCUUGAUCGAUUUGGUAGUAAAUGAGUGUCAGUGGUGCAGAAUCAAAUUUUAAAAUCAAGGUGUAAGACAUCUUCCAUAAAAUUUUGGACAACAUAAUAACAAAUAUCUAAAAGAUAUACAAAAAUUUGUCCUGGAUCACCCAGAUUAUUACUGGGUUCAGCCGAUAAAGUGUCUGUUCUUAUAUGCUGUUCGGCUUAACCAAACAUAGAUCAAGCUUGGAUUCGCCUCUGCAUCGCUGCCAGGCAAUUAUUUGGACCCAUCAAGAACCGUGGUUUCCAGUGCGCAUAUGAUCUUCUACCUUUUUGAUACACCUUUUGCCUAAGAGUGUCUUAACUAAAACAAUACUAUCAUAAGAUUUGCGUUCACCAGUUAAUCCGGACUCGGGACUGAAGUAACAUUUUCAUUGGACCUUGGGUCUUUUAUCAAGAGCCCACAUAAACGAUAACGGCUAUUGGCCGGUAAUCCAUAAACGUCGCAGAUGUGCGAAAGCAUAGUCUGAGACAAGGGUUAUUGUUCAUUGUCUGCGUUAAGAAAAGUGUUUGUAUUUUUGGACGCAUGUUGGAGUCAAUGAGCUUGACUUUGUACUCAUCCUGAUCAGGAAUAGACACAAAAUUCUGUUGGGCAGUGUUCACAUUUUCUGUAUGUUCAACCGAUCCAAAUACAAUAUAAAAAACCCUAUUUGACCCUGUUUACAAGUAUCUCGCCAAAAAUAGUUUUUGGACUCCUUUUUGGCAUACCUUGGGCUGACUAACGGCUAAAGAUAUCAGUAAAGACGAAUCGGUAGACGUUCUUCGGACAGUAUGUCUGUAAUGCAGUUUGGGUUACUUACGAUUAAAAGGAUGCCACGAUCUAAUCAGCAGUGAGAAAUAGACCACAAAAAUGAAUAAAGAAUACAAUAAAUGAAUAAAACUUGGUCGAUUGCCGUUUCUGAGUAUAUUAUGUACACAGAGAGAGGAACGGUGUUAUUAAAUAACCAGACUUUUAUAAGAACUCAAGGUUGAUCCACUACCUAAACCUCGUGAUCUAUGUAUAGAUGAAACAGAGGUCAAAUCCUGUCGCACUCCCACUGGCGAAAUGCUAAGGAAAAAGCAUCAUUUUUACAAAACGACUAUUAAAAGGAUCUUUUAUGGCGGAAAUUGACAGGUCAGUCGAUUUUGGAAGUGCUCAGCACGGUACUGUUGCUGAGCAGGCAUUUCGGUUUUUAAGCGCCUAGGUUGCACGACAUACCAUACUUGGCAGCAUAGGCACGUGUUUUAUCGGUAUCCUGCAGCUUCAUGACACAGCUGCGAGGGGUUGGGCUCAUCUGUGUGUCCCCAGAGUUUCCCUUGUGCCUUCUACUAGAUACUCCACUGUUUACAUUGCGGUUUGUUUAAUUUCCGCAGAAAACAAUAGUUAACUUGAAGUAAAUCAGUUUACUUUAGACCUGCCAAAUUGCAGCCUGAGUCUAUAAGUCCCAACUUAACUGGUUUAUCCCAAAUAAGCAAUUAGUUUCUAGGGAAACUAAGAAGCUGGGAUCUCAUUAAAACUAGGGUGUCUACCAGAAAACACACAGGGAAUGCUGGGAGACUCAGUGAUGAACCGAAUCCCUCACAGCUGCGGCAGAAUAUCGCCGAAACAUGUGCCUGGGCUUUUAGCUAGUAACUGUGCUCCCAAGUAUGGUAUGCCGUGCAACCCAUGUACAUACUACUGGCUGCCUGUUGGAAGUUUACAAAUAUCGCGUGGUUAUUGCGCUGUAACUGAUGGAAUCCGGCCCAAAUGUUAAUAUUAGAUUUCAUUCUGAAUCUAUAGAUAGUUAGCGGCUAAUUUCUUUGGACCCUAAAAUUUUUGAAUAUGACUGCUCAGUUUUACCGAUCAGGCUGGAGAAGUUGAAGUGAACUUUACUGACUCAUCUGUCGCUAUCAGAUAAUGAUACCAAAUCCCGAGUUGCAAAGCAUUGCCAGACAAUGCCUUGACCCAAAACCAUAUUUCCACUUUCAUAAGCGAACUCGAGUAACUUAGUCCUCGUGCAGAGGCUCAAAGCGGAAUUGUGCAGAGAACUAGCUUAUGCCGUUGAUCUGGCUCUCCCAUGAUAACUUUGGGUCAUUCUUUCCCUUGUCACUUUACAGGCACAGCUCUGUGACCUUGACUUCCAUCGCUGCGUACAGACUAGAGCAGGACUUAAAUGUCUUCAAUACUGACCGUUAGACAGCGAUCUUUUAAGGGCCUCUUGUCACGUCAGUUACCUGAAAACAUUUCAAUUCCACAUCAACAUUUUCAUCAUUCGCCGCAGGUAAUGUGCUGCAACAGACUGUAUUUGAGCUCUGAUCGCGGAGGAGCUUGAGAUCAGCAUAAGACGCCCUAUUUCUAGUACAGGACUUUGUUAGGUUUUUAUCAGUACUCAUAUGCCUAAUAUCGACUUUACUUUUCUCUUAUUCUGCAAACCGAGCUAAAUCCGGCUAUUGUGGUUUCAUUGAGGAGCAUAACAGAGAGGGGAAGAGCGGAAUUCGUUGUAUUUUGAAGUAUAGAUUCAGAAUUUUCAGCAAAAAGAGCUCCAUUCACUGUGGACGGAAUAUAAGCUAACAUAUUAUUCAAGAGUCAGAAAGCUUUACAUAGAAAGAAACGACUACAAUGGGGACAGUUCAAGUCUUAGCUUCUGUAUUUCUAUCUCUUCACACGUAAGAUAGUGAGUCAGGGACGGUAAUACAGAAUGCUAAUUUGUCGAUACACGGCAAGAGAUAUGUCGAAAGCCAGAGCACAUGGGGCGGAAGGACCUCGCAGAGAUUAGAUCAGAAUGCAGGUGAUGGGCAGCGUCCUCCAGAAUUCGACCAGCAAAUUGCUUGGCCGUUUUGAAAUGUCGUUGUGUAAUAGUAUUGGAUAGAAGGACGUAAAAAACGCUGGCGGCAGAAAAGAGCAUUCGGAGGACUCGUCUUAAAAUCAACAUAUCUUACUUGAGCAGAAAAGGAAAAAUGACAGGAGAAUAAUUAAAAAUUAAAGGAAAAAUGCAGGCAUCUAUGAAUUGCCAGAUUAAGGUUUGAGGUGUGUGGUAGGAGCGUAAACGAUGAAUGAAGUUUACGAACCUUAGUGAAAAACGGUCUCAAUAUGGAGGGGAAAAGAGAGAUUUGAUGACAAAUUAACACCAAGGUAUUUGAAAGUGGAUACCUUGUUGGGAAAGAUGUCAAAGUAUUCAUGACUACAAGAGGGUCGCAGUCGGAAAAUAUACUGGACUGAUGCCUGAUUAUUCAGCACGAGACCAUUUUCCCCCGACCAUACCAGGGCAUGGUCAAGGCCAUCCUCCAGAGACUGGAGAUGUAUCAGAUUUUUGAGAGAGUGGCCAACAACCACAACAUCGGCAUAAUUAACUAAUAGAGAGUCGUUUGGGGACCUUAUACCAUCACUGUGGAAGGAGACAAGUUGGGGGGAUAAAAUGGAACUUUGAAGAACUCUACAGUCAUUGGGAAGAACCAUAGAUUUCCGCUUGCCGAACUGGACAAAUUGAGUGCAGGAAGUAAAGUAAUCGCGCAGCCAAGAGACAACCUAGCACGUAGAAUCACGCGCGGGGUGUUUUGGUAAAAGUAGAUGGCGCGGGACGGUAUUGAAGGCGGAGGAGUAGUCACGAAAAGUACAGGCGUACGCAGGGCAACUCAUUUCGUUCUCGUAGGGCAGAAUGGACCACAAGAGCAACAGCAUCUAAGGUACUACGCUUGACUUUAUGUGCAACUUGCAAAGGGUCGGAAAAACCGGAAAAUAAUGGCUUUAUCAUGUCCUAAGCAACUCGUUCAGCAACCUUAAGCAGUGUGGAAAAGCAGGCAACUGAAGGAGAAGAUCUAGGACCAAAACUUGCAAGUUUUUCAGGAAUAGGGAUGAUGUUUACUGUACGCCAAGGAUUCGGGAAUCGUGGACUCCAUAAAAAACAUAUUUAUAAGGUGCGUCAAAACAGAGACCAUCUGAGAACAGCAACCCUGAGGUAGUAAAGGUGAAACACCAUCCGUCCCGGCAGUUGUUGAUCCGCGGACUACUUUAAGACGUUUCUCUGCCAUCACAAAAGACACAGAUGAGAAGACACAUGGUAGUAUGGAAAUGUCGUUUAAAGGCAAAUGGGAGUCUUUGUGACCGAAGAUAAAAUUUUCAUCUAAGGAGUCCUUGUCAGGAGGCGAGAACAGCAGGACCUGCUGGUGACAAAGGCGAUCCGGGGUUCCGACGAGUGGAUCGACCAUCGCUUCGUCAUAUCCAAGAUGAGGAUCCACCACAAUCAUCAGCAGAUGCACUUCCAGUCGCCUGUGUCCACAACUACCGUCCAUGAACUUGUCUUCGUUGGCGGCUGCGUUCUCAACGCCACCUCGGAAGGAGACAUGCAAGGACGCACGUACCUCUUCGCCGCCGCCUGCGACAACUUCGAUCUAAUCCUCAGCGCGGAGAGAACGAUGGUUAUGCAUCAACCGCCACCCAACGCUGCCUACAAUGCGCCCCACAUAAACGUGAACGGCGUCUAA